AUGCAGGCAGAGCACGAGGACCUGUUGCAGCUGAUGCUGAAUGCUGAGGAGGAGGCAGACUCCCUGAUUGACGUGCAGCAGUUGACUGUGGCACAUGAGGAGGAGGAAGCUGUUCGUGAUUCCCUUGAGAGUAUUCCAGUCAUCCGCAAGCGGCGGUUUAUGACCACAACGGAGAUUCAAUCUAAUGCAGUUAUGUUUCUUGUUGCUGGAUUCGAAACAACUGGAACCACACUGUCGUUUACGUCGUAUCUGCUAGCGAAGUACCCGGACAUCCAAGAAAGGACAAGAAGUGAAAUACUGUCGGUCAUGAAUGCCGAGAAUGGUUUAACGUACGACAGUUUAACCAAAAUGCGCUACUUGGACCAAGUGAUCUCAGAAGCUCUUCGCUACUACCCCGUUGUUGUUGGGUUCAUUACUCGGAAGUGCGAGCAGGAGUAUGAAUACCAGGGCAUCAAGAUUCCCAGUGGGAUGUCGAUCUUGGUGCCGGCGUUUCAAAUGCACCAUGACCCUAAACUGUGGAACGACCCAGAGGCGUUCAUUCCUGAGAGGUUCAGCACAGAGAACAGGAGCAAAAUAGAACCAAUGGCUUACCAGGCAUAUGGCAAUGGGCCACGCAAUUGCGUAGCCAUGCGGUUUGCUCAGCUAGUGCUGAAAUUUACUUUGGCAAAGCUGCUUUCAAGUUAUGAACUUGUACUGGAUCCUAACAAGCACAAGGGUGACCUGAAGAUAGGCUCAUCAUUCACGUUGGCUUAUCCAUUGGAUGGUGUGUGGCUGAAGUUGCAAGAAGUGCGUGGAAGCUAAUCGAUGCCAACCUGUCUAUCUGGAAACGGUCAGUAUCUUGCAAUGUGAUUACAUGGGAAGAAGGUGACAACUUAGAACUGCCUUGUUUCACACUGUUCAUAUGAGUAACAGUGAUGGAAAAUUUUAAUAAAUACCGCUUUUGGAGCAGUCUAA